UACGUUAGGUAAACAAAGGAAAUUAAGGAAGAAAGGGCGAUGUUCUUUAUAUGCCAGCCGGAUUUCCCAUCUCACGCUGCUACGACUGCACUUCCAAAGCCCAGAUAAGCAAGAAACGUCCGAAGUCUAACGACGCCGCCAUCGCCCCCAGAAACAUGGAGCACCCACUGUCACCACCCUACUCCAAGAGCUGGAGCAUACACACCCGACCCGAAAUCAUCGCCAAGUACGAAAUCCAAGAGCGAGUUGGCUCUGGCGCUUACGCUGACGUCUACAAGGCUCGUCGCCUCUCCGACAACCUCAUCGUUGCCCUCAAAGAAAUCCACGACUACCAGUCCGCCUUCCGCGAAAUCGAGGCUUUACAAAUCCUCCAAAACUGCCCCAACAUCGUCAUUAUGCACGAGUAUUUUUGGAGGGAGGACGAGGACGCCGUGUUGGUCUUGGAGUUCCUGAGGACGGAUUUAGCGGCAGUGAUUAAAGAGGGGAAGAAGAAUGGAGGAGCUGGGAUUAGUGUUGGAGAUGUAAAGAGGUGGAUGAUGCAGAUAUUAUGUGGAGUCGACGCUUGCCACAGGAAUGUGAUCGUGCAUCGGGAUUUGAAACCGGGUAAUUUAUUGAUUUCUGAUGAUGGCGUUCUCAAGUUAGCUGAUUUUGGCCAGGCAAGGAUGCUCAUGGAGCCUGAUUUUGUUGCUACUGAUGAGAACCCUCCGCUGCAAAACCAGGAACAAGUUGUUCAACCAACUGUGACUGUUACUGAGAUGGAUAACUUGGCCCAAGAAGCACAGGCAAACCAAGAGCAAAGUGUCCUAAGAAAAGAUGAAUCAUUUAGAGAGAGCAGUGAAUUCAAGUCUCAUGAUUACCUAGAGGAAACAAGCAUUCAGGACGGGAAUACAUCUUGUCUUGCAACAGGCACAGCAAGCGACAUAGGAGAUGAUAUUUUGAAGGGUUCUUAUUCUUAUGAGGUAGAGGAAGGUGCGGGUGAUAUGCAUGGCUCGCUCACUUCAUGUGUUGGAACUCGAUGGUUCAGGGCCCCUGAACUACUCUAUGGGUCCACAGACUAUGGUCUGGAGAUUGACUUGUGGUCUCUGGGCUGCAUUUUUGCUGAGCUUUUAACCCAUGAACCCCUUUUCCCAGGGACGUCAGAUAUAGAUCAACUUGGUAGAAUUAUUAAUGUUUUGGGUAAUUUAACAGAGGAAGCGUGGCCAGGCUGUUUAAAACUUCCUGAUUAUGGAACAAUUUCUUUUGCUAAGAUUGAAAAGCCCAUUGGUUUAGAAGCAUGCCUCCCGAACCGUCUCCCAGAUGAAAUCUCUCUAGUCAAGAAGCUGGUUUGUUAUGACCCAGCUAACAGAGCUACAGCAAUGGAACUGCUCCAUGAUGAGUACUUCGGAAAAGAACCUCUCCCAGUUCCGAUUUCUGAGCUUCACGUGCCUUUGACAAAUGGUGGGCAAGAUGAGGAUUCUCCUGGCGGAUGGUAUGACUACAAUGAUAGGGAAUCAGAUUCUGAUUUUGAUGACUUUGGCCCUAUGAAUAUAACAACCACCAGUACUGGUUUUUCUCUACAGUUCUUCUGAGUUUAAAAAUAAUGAGGUAUGCUUUCUGUAGCUUCUGGAAUUCUUAAAAUCCCAAAAUCUUUUGUACCUCAUGCGUUCAUGUCAAAGUAAUGCCCCCCAAAAAAACAUUGUUGUGUAGUGAUUCUUGCAUAAAGGAAAUGAUUUGCCUGUUGUCAAAAAGCAAAAUUGGACAUACUUGGGAAAAAGAGAAUCAACUUGAUUCAAAAUGCUUGUAUCAUCAUUCUUGGUGUGAUUAUGCUCAGUCUAUAGGUUUGGCUAGAGGAAUCAGAUGGUUGAUAACUUCUGUUAAUUGUGCAUGGAAGGAUGUUACCUCAAGCCUACAACAAAAAUGGAGUGUGUAAAGUUAUUCAUUUAUAUAAUGUAGCAGUAGAAUCCAGUUUCUAGCGUGUGUGAAGUUGUUGCUGGGGAUGAUGAGCCUAAUUGCUUUCUAUCUUCUUGCUGGGUUUUGUUUUGGGGUUUGAAUUUGAUGUAUUGCUCCAUGUUGAUCAAGUAGUACCACUAUAUUUAUUUGAUCAACAGAUCAUUCGUUAACUUGGUGUUCUGUGAAUUAUAAAGGAGGAAUGUUUUGGGAUUUCCAUAUUUAAGUCAAUAUACAUAUAGGGAUAUGUUUGAUGUAUCCUGGAUA